CGGUGAAUCGAGGCGGUUCUGGGCAGGGCAGGGCGGGGCUGGUCGCGGUGACCACAGCUCUGAGGCUAUUAAUAACCCUGUUGAGGAGGAGCUCCAUAGGGUAUGGAUCCAGUCAGAACACGUCUGUCCCACAGAGGACACUCCCGCCUGGUCCUCACAUGUUUAAGACGAAUCGAGAGCAGGGAGUUGUUGUGAGCACACAGAGCAGUGAUCGGGGUCACGGAAACUCUUCUAUACUCACAUUUACUUCUCCCUCCGUCUGUCCCUCCUUCCAUCUCCCUCUCCAUCUAUCCUCCGCUGCACUUAGGUUGGAGGGUUUCAGAUCGGUGUCAUGCUGUACAGAGGUGCAGGUUGCAUGUGUUUGGGGUCCAGCGAGGUGGAGGUCAGCGGUGUUUGACGUCCAGAGAGGUGGAGGUCAGCAGUGUUUGAUGUGCAGUGAGGUGGAGGCCAGCGGUGUUUGAUGUGCAGUGAGGUGGAGGUCAGCGGUGUUUGAUGUGCAGUGAGGUGGAGGCCAGCGGUGUUUGAUGUGCAGUGAGGUGGAGGCCAGCGGUGUUUGAUGUGCAGUGAGGUGGAGGCCAGCGGUGUUUGAUGUGCAGUGAGGUGGAGGCCAGCAGUGUUUGAGGUCCAGAGAGGUGGACGUCAGCGGUGUGUUUAGUGGACGUCAGCGGUGUGUUUAGUGGACGUCAGCGGUGUGUUCAGUGGACGUCAGCGGUGUGUUUAGUGGACGUCAGCGGUGUGUUUAGUGGACGUCAGCGGUGUGUUUAGUGGACGUUAGCGGUGUGUUCAGUGGACGUCAGCGGUGUGUUCAGUGGACGUCAGCGGUGUGUUCAGUGGACGUCAGCGGUGUGUUCAGUGGACGUCAGCGGUGUGUUUAGUGGACGUCAGCGGUGUGUUCGGUGGACAUCAGCUGUGUUUUCGGUGGAUGUCAGCGGUGUGUUCAGUGGUGUCCGUAGUGUGUAUAACUCUAAGUGGUCCAACACCGCUUAGUCACCUAGUGAGUAGAUAGAACCUCUCUCUCUCUCUCUCUCUCUCUCUCUACUUUCAUCACCGUCAGUGAGAUUGACUUCUGCCAUCCCCUGCUCCCGCCCUCCCUCCUCUCUGUUAUACUAAGAGCUUGCAGGCUUUCCUCAGAGACAAAGCUCACUCUUCCCGGUCUACCUCUCCUCAACCCUUGUCUGUCCUCCCUUCUCUUACUUGUGAGGAUGUUACUCUGGCCUCUCAUAGGUUUGGUGGCCUUCCUCAGGCCCUGCAAAGGUCAGAGUGGUGUUGAUGAGCAGUGUGAUGACUUUACUGACCUGGACUUCCAUGAAUGCUUCCUUGGGACCACCCUGAACGUCAAGCUCCUGCUCUACACCAAGGCCAACCUGCAUUGCGGCAGACAAAUGAAUCACCACCAGCUGUCUUCCCAGCCUCUCCUCAACCUCUCCCUGCCCACGGCCUUCGUCAUCCACGGCUACCGGCCCACCGGGGCUCCUCCAGUCUGGGUAGACCACAUCGUCCAGCUGCUGUCGGAGCAGCAGGACAUGAACGUCCUGGUGGUGGACUGGAACAGGGGAGCCGCUAACCUGAACUACUUCACCGCCGUGGCCAACACGCGGCAGGCCGCCAGCAACCUCACCGGAUUCAUACUCAACAUGCAGGCAGAAGGAGCAUCUUUAAGUUCAAUCCACAUGAUCGGGGUGAGUCUGGGAGCUCAUUUGGCCGGGUUCGUAGGAGCCAACCUGAAGGGCAAGAUUGGACGUAUCACAGGUCUGGACCCAGCAGGACCCAUGUUCACUGGAGCAACUCCUGAGGAAAGACUGGACCCUUCAGAUGCCAUGUUUGUAGAUGUGCUACACACGGACAUGAACUCCUUUGGUCUCCAAGGCCAACAUGGCCAUAUUGACUAUUAUGCCAACGGAGGUUUUGACCAGCCAGGCUGCCCAAAGACCAUCUUUUCUGGGAAGUCAUACUUUGUGUGCGACCACCAGCGCUCCGUCUUCCUGUAUCUAUGUGCUCUUAAUCGCACCUGCAACAUCACGGCCUACCCCUGCUCCUCGUACAGCGACUUCCUGGAUGGGCGGUGCCUACAGUGUGAAGCCUUUAAGCCCGCCUCCUGCCCUGUACUAGGUUAUGAUGUCAGCAAGUGGAGGGAUACGCUGUUGCGAUUGGGUCAGACCAAGGCCUACUUCACCACAACUGCCACACUGCCCUAUAAAAAGGUCAGCUACAGGGUUGACAUGGUAACAUGGAACCAGUACUUGCGCUGGGGAGUUGUCAUCCUGAGACUACACAGUGGCAAGAACUUCACUGAGGCGUGUGCAGACCGUAGGUUGAUAAGGUUUGAGCAGUACACCUCCACCCGUCUACUGAUCCAGUUUGAUGAGGACCUGCAGCCCAUCCAGAAGAUAUCCCUCCGCAUCGCUACUGGCAACGUCAUCGGCCCACGCUACAAAAUCAGACUGCUCCACAUCCGCCUCACCCCCCUGGAGGAACCUGACAGGCCAUUGAUGUGUCGCUAUGACAUCAUCUUGGAGGAGAACAUCGAGGUGGCGUUCCGUCCGCUGCCCUGUGACUCUCGCCUCUAAGCCACCAGCUGUUGGCGCUCCCCUCACAGAGACACACUGCAGUCCCACGAUUGGCAAGCAGAUAACACUUUCCGUCUCUACAAGGUCGGCAGUCACAGGCUCUGGCGUACACACUAGCAACUAGGCGGAGCCCAUCUAGUCCCUUGACACUGACUUUGUUCGUUAGCCUCGGUGAACCACAGAUUACUGAUAACAACACAGGGGUUGUGGUGGGGGCUCUCUACUUCCCUGUCGUUCUUUCUCCUUCCAUCGCCCUCUCUUUUCACUGCCCAAUCACUCUGUGCCUUAUAAAGGAGGUUGACGUUGCUGAAACAUUUUAGCAAUUUAACACAAAGGUCAUUGACGACCUGCUAUAACCAAUCAUAAGCUGUACCAACUCUUCUGUGUAGCUCCAGAGUAUGUCAGUACCUUGCCCAUUUGUUUUGUAUAAUUACAUUUUAAUAAGUGUAGAUGAUUUUAUGAAAAAAAAUAAAAAAUCCAAUC